UAUAUUAUUGUUAUUAUUUUUCAUAUUACUAUUUAUCGCAAUUAUCAUAAUAUUGUGACGAUAUUAUGACAGUAUGACGCAUCGGUAGUGUUGUACAGAAUAGGUCGAAUGAGAUCACAGAUACAAUUAAAUUAAGAUUAUUAUUCUUAGCAUAGAGAGAACGUCAUCGCCCGCAUUGAUACUAUUGUCUAUAAUUGUUUUUUUUUUAUGUAUCAGUAUUAUCGCUAUAACGAUUAACUUUGUCGUGAAACGGCGGGAAAAAAUCGUAACGAUCGUUAUUUUAUUUUUUUUAUACAUAUCAUAAAUUAAUAUUGUUAUCUAUGGCAACGACUGAGCAGGACGAAGCAGCAAUAUUAUUGCUACAGCCUUCAACACAUUAUAACGACAUAUUAUUAUUAUGGCAUAUUGUGUUAUUGUACGUCGUACGUGUGGAACACUUGUCGUGGCCUAGGCUGGCCUGUAAACGUGAACGUGACGGCGGGUCACCGUUCAUUCGCACUCCGGUUACUCACUUACACACGGUCGCCUUCCCCCCCGCCACACACCGACGGUCCGGUCAAUUCCGUAACCACCGCCACAUCCGUCGCCACUAUACACAUCGCCAUCGCCUAACCAGCCUGCGCGCCAGACUCGCGAGUCGCGGUUAGUCCCGCCACAUCCCCCGCCCGUCCCCACCGCCUGCACCAUCAAAACAAGAGGUGCCGACGCCGACGCCGCAUCCCCCUCGCUACUAUUCGCUAACCGUAAUGCCGUCACUCGUUCGGUUGUCCGCCAUAUUUAGCGUGUUUUCGUUACUCAACCGUGUCGGUUAACCGGCCGUACCGCGCUGCUCGUUGUCAUUGUAACGCCGCCACCGCAACGACGACGGCCGAUCGCGCCAAUUCCGAUUGCUCGUCACGAUCCCGCUCAAUCAAUCGUCAACCAACGCCGCUGCGUGGCACUGUGCCCCCUGUCCGAUGUUCGUUGAGGUACGGCCGACGUGCAGUGUCCGAAGACGACGACGGCGAAGACGACAUGACGUAAGCAACGGGCCCACACGCUCGGCACAUUGACGUGUGGUCGCCGACGGACAGCUCAGCGAUCGGGAACCGCGGAUUCCGGUUUAAUUACUUUUCAAGAAUCAAAAUCAAAAUGAACGAAGUUAAUAUGGCCAAUAAUCAAGAAAUAAAUAUGCAAUCAUGUAGUAUAAAUGAUUUGUGCAGAUUAUGUGCAAAUUUUGAUGAAAAUAUGAUACCAAUAUAUGCUGAUGAAGGAGCAGAUCAUAUGUUAGAAAACAAAAUAAAAACUCAUCUUCCAUUUAUAAAUAUUUCUGAAAAUGAUCUAUUACCAAAAAGAAUAUGUUAUCAUUGUGCUUCUGCUGUGCUUGUGUGGAAUGAGUUAUAUGAAUGCAGCACUGAUGCAGACCAAAAACUUAGAAGUAUGUUUGAACCUAGUCAAUUUGAACAGAAUCAGUGCAAGGAUAUUCAAGAAGAAGAAAGGUUACAACAAACAUUAAAAAGGUACAUUGAUUUGACAGAACCAGAAGGAACAUUGAAAAUAAUUCCUACUAAAGAAACUUCUCUAUCAAACAAUUAUUCCUGUUCAUUUUGUUUUGAGAAGUUUUUAAAGAUUAGAGAUAAAGUGAAGCAUGACCGUGAUGUUCAUGGUGUUCAGUCUAAUUUAUUGCCAAUAAAAUAUGUAAGUGACGGGUACACAGAUAAUUUUAAAAUUUCAAAUGUUGAGGAAAAUAGUACGGAUAAAAAUCUUUCAAGUAUAGCUGAUGUAAGCAAUACAAAAACAACACAAGACUUGGAAAUAAAUAAUUAUGAUGUAUUAUGCAUUAUAUGUAAUGUUUCUUUUAAAUCCUCGUUUGAAAAGUUAGAGCAUGACCAAAAAUUGCAUAGUGUACAGACAAGUACACGACGAAGUAAACGUGUUGGUGUAACUAAAAGUUAUGGUGAAUUAUUUGAUGAUGAUUCUGAUUUUGAUGAUGAAACAAAAAAUGAUUCUUUAAAUUCAGAACAGUUAAGUAGCAGUAAUUGCGUUGAAUCAAAUUCGACUGAUCUAAAAAGUGAUAAUGAAAUGGACUUUAAAAAAGAGAAAGAUUUGGAAGACAUAAAAGAUGAACUUGACGAAUCUGAUGAAAAGUCUGAUAUUGAAGAUUUCAAGUGUUAUUACUGUAAUGAACAAUUUCCAUCUAAACAUUUAGCUUCAAAACACGUCCGUUCACAUAUGCUAAAUGAUAAAAAACCAAUUCCAAAAAGUGACAUUUAUGAUAAGUAUAAAGUUAUGAUAGAUAACAAAUUAUAUUACAAAUGUGAUCAGUGUAACUAUAAUGUUGAAGGUAGAAGAUACAAGUUUGUGUACCAUAUGAGAGUGCACACUGGUGAAAAACCAUAUGCUUGUGAAAUUUGUAGUAAACAGUUCCGUACAGCAGCAUUUUUAAGACGCCAUAUUGUAUGUUUUCAUGAAAAAGUUCGAAGUUAUCAAUGUGACAUUUGUGGACGUUCAUUUUCUGAAAAACGUAAUGUUGAUGAUCAUAGACGUACACACACUGGUGAACGACCAUUUGUUUGUGAAACAUGUGGUAAAAGUUUUGCCCAAAGAUCAUCAAUGAAAAUUCAUUGGAAACAAAUGCAUGAAAGUAUAAAAGCACAUAAAUGUGAAUAUUGUGACAAAAGUUUUAUCAGAAGAUGUCAUUUAGUUGCACAUUUAACCCAUCAUACUGGAGUGCGCAACUAUAUAUGUGCAGUAUGCGGUAAAGCAUUCUUACGCAGUGGUACACUUAAAGGUCAUACAGCAGUACACAGUUCAGAAAGACCUUUUCGAUGCACUAUUUGUGGAGACACAUUUAAAUUGAAAAAACAUUUAAAACAGCACGGACGAGUUCAUGGAACUCAACAUUCAUUUGAAAAUAUACCUCAAUUAGAAUUUAUUUCAUCAACUGUUGAUAAUCAGAGAGGUUCACAGUGAAUAAUGAAUGUUAUUGAUUUUUAUAGGUAUUAUAAUUUAUAAUAUAUGUUAAAAUCUGUAGUUGAUUUUCUAGGGCAUAAAGUUAUUUUAAAUUGAAGUAUGAUUAUUACUAAAUAAAAUUUAUAUCUCCAUCAUGAUUUAUAAGUGUUUAUCAAAAGAACUUCAAUAAUUUUCAAAUUAUUAUUAUUUUUUAUAAUUUCAAAAAAUACUAAAUAUGCAUCACCUGGUAUCUCCUUAACUGCAAAACAUAUACAUUAUAAAAAACUGAAA